AUGGCGGAGUUAAAUCCUCUAAUUUCCCUGAAAUCGUCCGACUCGGGCCUCCAAAUCCUACUUCAUCCUCUCGUCCUCCUCAAUAUCUCAGAUCACGUCACCCGACAUUUUGUAAGACAGGAAAAGGGACCAAUUGUCGGGGCGCUAAUAGGACAGCAGAAGGGCCGGACCAUUAGCCUUGAGCAUGUAUUUGAAUGCAAUGUUGUAACCGCCUCGAAUGGAGACAGUUUAGGGAUGUCCAUAAAGAUCCUCCGUUAG